AUUUGAUUAAAUUCAAUACAUUACAGUGUAAAUAAUACAUCUAUCAUGGGGCGUCGUUUAACUGGACCGUCUGCGAGAACUCGAGAUGCACAACCCCUACCAAUAUCAACACAACAUAAUUCACCUGCGACAAAUGAUCGAAACAAUUUAUCACAACAUGAUGAACUUAUUCAUUUUGUUGGUGGUUCAUGGAAUGUUAUUUUUCAAGAAUAUCAAAAUGGAUGCCAAGGACCUAAUGGUAAGUUCCUUAUUCUUAUAAAUGAUAAGAAUUAGUUAAUUAUAAGGUUA